GAAAAGAGAACUUAAAAUUUAAGAUAGAGAACGAGAAACUUUGACACAGCGGCACAAAAUUCUUUCCCACAAAUCUCAACACAGUUUCGGUUUUAUUAAAAAUUCCUCCAUAAAAAUGGAUCGUCUUAUAAAAAACAUUAGUUUUAUGUGUUUGCUAAUUUGUUAUGUAGACGGUGUGAUGUUUCAUUUGGCCCCAAACACCCAAAAGUGCCUAAAAGAAGACAUUCAAGCUAACCAGCUGCUUAUGGGCGAAUACGAAGUCACUGAUAUUCCCGGCCAAACGAUCGAUUAUAUUGCCAAAGAUACCAAGGGACAUAUUCUUUCUCAGAAGGAGCACAUAACAAAGGGAAAGAUAAGUUUCACAUCGGAAAUCUACGACACUUAUGAAAUCUGUUUCACGUCUAAAGUACCGCCACAUCAACGUGGAGUCUCACAAGAAGUUUCCUAUACCACGAAGAAGGGUGUUGAGACUAAGAGCUAUGAAGGAAUCGGCGAAGCAGCUAAACUCAAGCCUCUCGAAGUCGACUUAAGACGUUUGGAAGACUUAUCCGACUCGAUAGUUCGUGAUUUUGCAUUAAUGCGCAAACGUGAAGAAGAAAUGCGUGAUACUAACGAAUCUACAAACAGCCGUGUACUGUUCUUUAGUAUAUUCAGUAUGUGCUGCCUGCUGGGAUUGGCCACUUGGCAAGUUCUCUACCUGCGAAGAUAUUUCAAAGCAAAGAAACUCAUUGAAUAAUUUCUCAUCCCCCCUCGCCAUUCACAUUCUCUAUGUGAACAUAUUAAUUUCUGUUCUAUCUCUAAACAAACAAAAACACUCUAUAAUUUUUUAGAAAUCUAUUAAUUUGUUUUAUUAUAUUUUGUUUUCAUUUGUAAUAAAACCGUCAACAAAGAAGUUACAAAAACAAAAAAACAACAAA